GGCCACCCUUGGCUCCGUGCGCUCGCCCUCGGCGCUCGCCUCGCCCCGCAGGCAGGCCCAACAUGGCGCAGGAGGUGUCGGAGUACCUGAGCCAGAACCCGCGAGUGGCCGCCUGGGUGGAGACGCUGCGCUGCGUGGGAGAGACGGACAAACACUGGCGCCACCGCCGCGAGUUCCUGCUCCACAAUGCCGGGGACCUGGUCCUCGCCACGCCCGGGAAAGCUGCAGCCGACGCGGAGAGUGGGAGCCGCCACCGGCAACUCCAGCAGCUGGUCUCCUUCUCCAUGGCCUGGGCCAACCACGUCUUCCUAGGGUGCCGGUACCCUCAAAAGGUUAUGGAUAAAAUUCUUAGUAUGGCUGAAGGCAUCAAAGUGACAGAUGCUCCCAUCCAUACCACACGAGACGAACUGGUUGAAGAAGGGAUAGAAGAGCCAUCCAAAAAACGAGUCAUAGAAGGAAAAAACAAUUCUUCAGUUGAGCGAGAUCAUGGAAAGAAAUCUGCCAAAACAGAUCGUUCCUCGGCUCAGCAGGAAAGCAGGUCAGCAUCCACUGGGUCAUCCACCAAGUCAGAGAGUAGUGGGGCCUCAGCUAGGAGCAGCUCCGGUGUCUCUAAUCAGAGUGGCUCCACCAGUGAAGGAGAUAGAUCUGUGUGCAGCCAAAGCAGCAGCAAUUCCUCUCAGGUCACAACAGCAGGGGCUGGAAAAGCUUCUGACCCAGAAGCUCCAGAUAAACAUGGCUCAGCGUCGUUUGUUUCUUCGUUGUUGAAAUCCAGUAUGAAUAGUCAUGUGACCCAAUCCACUGAUUCCAGACAGCAGAGUGGAUCGCCUAAAAAGAGUGUUUUGGAAGGUUCCUCAGUCUUAGCUUCUCAGAGCAGCUCAGAGAUUGAGGUGCCCUUGUUGGGUUCCUCUGGAAGUUCAGAAGUAGAGUUGCCAUUACUGUCUUCUAAGUCUAGUCCAGAGACAGCUUCAAGUGGGUUAACAUCCAAAACUAGUUCAGAGGCGAAUGUGUCAUCCUCAGUUCCUAAAAACAGUUCUGCAUCAGGCACCUCUUUACUAACUCCCAAGAGCAGUUCAACCAAUUCUUCCCUACUGACUUCCAAAAGCACGUCUCAGGUAGCUGCAUCACUGUUAGCUUCCAAAAGCAGCUCCCAGAGCAGUGGUUCUGUAGCUUCCAAAAGUGCUUCCUUAGCAAGCAUGUCUCAGCUAGCUUCUAAGAGUAGCUCUCAGAGUAGCACUUCACAGUUGCCUUCUAAAAGUACCUCACAGGCCAGUGAGAGUUGUGUCAAAUUCUCUUGUCGGAAGUUAACCAAUGAAGAUGUAAAACAGAAGCAACCUUUCUUCAACAGACUGUAUAAAACAGUGGCCUUGAAGUUGGUAGCUGUUGGUGGCUUUAGCCCCAAUGUGAAUCAUGGAGAGCUGCUGAAUGCAGCGAUUGAAGCUCUGAAAGCAACACUGGAUGUGUUUUUUGUCCCAUUGAAAGAACUGGCAGAUCUGCCUCAAAAUAAGAGCUCUCAAGAAAGUAUUGUUUGUGAGUUGAGGUGUAAGUCAGUGUAUUUGGGCACUGGCUGUGGAAAGAGCAAAGAGAAUGUAAAGGCAGUUGCAUCGAGAGAAGCACUGAAAUUGUUUCUCAAGAAGAAGGUGGUGGUAAAGAUAUGCAAAAGGAAGUACAGAGGCAGUGAGGUGGAGGAUCUAGUGCUCCUUGAUGAAGAGUCGAGACCUGUGAACUUACCUCCAGCCUUGAAACAUCCUCAAGAGUUACUGUAAUGUCUCCACAUUACCGCUUCAUCCAGGAUCUGCUGUUGGAAGAGAAAAACUGGCUUUUAUAUAAUAUAAAACACUGACUUUCACAGAUUUUGUAUUGCUUUUUUCCAGUUUUGCAGAAAAUUAAAUUCUAGUUCUCUUCAUUAAAGUAGAAGUUGUAAAUGAUUUAUGAAUGACAGUACCUAUUAAAAGGUAUACAUUGACAGCA